UCAACGUCAAGUGUGAAGUGUUUAAAAACAGCAAUUUUCCGUAUGCUGCUCUUGCUGUACAGCAUUUUGCAACUUCAUUUCCUACUCAAAAUAUCUUACCCCUAGUUUACUUCGCAGUAUGGAUUAAUUUUACAUAUAAGAUCCUUUGUAAUUUAACGUUUUAAUUAGUGCCUAAGCUUAAAGCUAUAAAUGACAAUAGUUUUACAGUUAAAACGGAAUUGAUGUUAGUGCCGUCCUCGUGGAUUCGCAAUGGAAAAUCACGACCGAAGCAAUAAUAAAAACGUGUCUUUAAGUUUAUUAUCUGAAUAUAAUUCGGAUUCAGAAUCAGAAUAUACGCCAUCGAAUGAAAAUGCCGCUGAGACUGACGGAGAUUCGGAUACUGUGGAACUAAGUGAAAUGGUGUUAAAAAAUAACAUAAUAAACGCCUGUGCUCAUGGUCCUUUACCUUCUGGUGAAAGCGAUGGAGAAGUUACAACACACAUGAUAAUAGAUAGUACAGAGAAUGCUGUCUCACAAUACGAUGUAACAAUGUACAGAGUUGAUGAUGAGGAUAGUGAUGACUCAGAGUCUGAUAGCUCUGAAGAUUCUAGUGAUAGUGAUGUGGAUUCAAUCAAGGACAUUGAGGGGGCCUAUAGCGGGGAUGAGAUAAGUGGAAAUCAAGCUGAGAUAUUGGUUCCUCCUAAGGUUCCAGGUGAAAUAGGUCUUGAUGAGCUCCCUCCCAUAGAAGAUCUUACCAUAAGUAUACCAGCUCAAGAAACCACUAAGAUUGGAAAAAUUUGCAGUAUCGUAGAUAGAUUAGUUGUAGUUCAAGGAUUACCUGAAACACCAGCUGUAGAUAUAGAUAGUAUAUUGUUCUUGGAAAAUGGUGCUAAACCACUUGGUCAAGUGUUUGACGUUUUUGGACCUGUAUCUCAGCCACAUUAUUGUGUAAGAUUCAACUCCGCUGAUCACAUUGCUGAACGAGGAGUAGAUGUAAAUAUGGAUGUAUUCAUAGCACCAGAUACUCCUCACACCAACUAUGUGUUAGUUCAGCAACUUAUGAAAGUAAAAGGCUGUGACGCAUCAUGGUUAAACGACGUCGAAACACCACCGAAUCAAGCCGAAUUUUCCGAUGACGAAGAAGAAAGGAGAGUGAGAAGAGAGAAAAAACAGAAUAGACAAGAAAGUACAGCUGGAGAAACAUCGAAGGAUCGUAAAAUACUUGAAGCUAAACGAAAAACACCCCAAUUUAGAAAUAGAAAUAGUAACUACCGAGGUCCAAAUGUUCCAGUUUUCCACGGCAGAAUACCUCCCCCCCACCCAAAUAUGAAUCCCCCUCCCGGAUUUACCCGGCCAAUGAUUGCUCCACCCAUGUUUGUGCGUCCAAGGAUGCGAUUUGGUCGGCCACCUUUUCUUGGAGCGCCCAAUAUGAUGCCAUUUAGACAUAAUAUGCCCACAUUUGGCUCCAAUUACUGCAAUAUGCCCGGAGCACAUCCCCAAUGGAGACAGCCGCCUCCACCUGGGACAUAAAAGUUAUCAAGGCAUUUUUAAAAGCCAUUUUGCAUGCAUUUAAUUAUAUAGUUAUGCAUGCUUUGAAAAUAUUUCAUUCCUUUUCCAACAGUGAGUUCGAAAUGUUAGCAGCUAUGGGAACGAAACAAAAGGAUUUAGGAUAAGAGUCAUAGUCGAAUUAGCUAAGUAUGACUUCCUUGUGUCAAUUGUCAAUUUGACAUAUGUAAGUCACAGCGCUAAGUCUCGACUGUGAAUCUCUGGUUUAGUUCCUAAGGAAAAUUUAAUUAAAGUGUUGAAACUUUAAGUUGUCGAUUAAUCAAGUACCUAUAUUGCAGGAAAGAUCUUCUAUAUUUUUUGCAAAUGAAAUUUAUAUCUGCUUUGCCGCAAUGAUCAGACAUUGAUCAAUGAGACGGUAUACCAAUGAUUAAAAUGUAUUUUAAUAUAUACUCAAUUUAAAUUUCCUUUAACAAUUGGUGCUUUUCAUAUGAAAAGUUAAAAAUAUUGUGCCUAUAACUUCUAUUAACAAAAAUGCUCGCUCUGAUUAAAGCAAGUGUUUGAUAUUCUAGUGUUGUUAUCCAAAUACCUGUAUUUAUCUUUAAAUAUAAUUAUGAUAGUUAA